GGACGGCUUACGAAAUACAAAUGACUCCAACUGAGGUUCAGGUUGUUUCCCGCGCUUUCACUGAAACCUCUUCACCAUCUUCAAAGUUCACUUUGAAAUAUUCUUAUCGAUGUUCCGACAACUUACGCGACGCACUCCGAAUGUUUUCGGUGUUAUUUCAAUACAAGUCUUCCUAUUCAGCCUCGAUUCUCAGCUGAUCCGAAAACAGCUGACUACUUUAAUCCCAGUGGUGGACGAAUGCUGAAAUCUUGAGAACUACAAUCGUCAACCACCAUGUCUCGGAAGCACGUAUACUGUUCUUCAGAUGGAUUGGUGAUGAAAUCUCUUCAAGGCGCCGUUGCUUUGAAUCCCUCUCUUCGCUUACAUCAAGCCUCUAAAACGGUCUACGUCUCCCCUCCAUCCUUACAAGCCAAGGUCUCCGUGAUUUCCGGCGGAGGGGCAGGGCAUGAACCAGCUCAUGCAUCCUAUACAGGCUAUGGCAUGCUUGCGGCCUCUGUUUCCGGCGAGAUCUUUGCAAGUCCGAGCGCUAAACAGAUACUCUCUACGAUUCGUCUAGCGGCUUACGCCGGCGAAGACGUUCACCCUAGAAGGAAUACAAUCACAGACAGAUCUGCUAUCCACGUCCCUCAUAGGAAGGAUGUCCUUGCUAUCAUUAACAACUAUACCGGAGACCGACUCAACUUCGGCCUUGCGAUCGAGAAGGCUCGGGCAGAAGGGAUCCGGGUUGAUAGUGUCGUCGUGGCUGACGACGUUUCGCUUCUUCAUUCUGAAAGCUCUAGUCUUGUUGGUCCACGAGGGCUUGCCGGUAAUAUUCUUGUCUGCAAAAUUUUGGGAGCCCUAGCUGAACGAGGAUCCUCCCUUGAAAACCUCAAACACGCGGGAGACACUAUUGUUUCUCAUCUCGCAAGUAUCGGUGUUGGGCUGGAUCAUUGCCAUAUACCUGGUAAUAACUCCUAUAGUGCCACCAUUGGUGAUGAUGAGUGUGAAGUAGGGCUGGGACUCCAUAACGAACCGGGCGUACAUAGGAUGGACAUAAGGGAUUCAGUGAAGCUUAUCGAUGAGCUAAUAGGGAAGUUAUUGCGCUCGCGAGGUGUCGUAGAUGGAGGUAGAGAUAGUUUUGUUCAGGAAGGAGAUAUCACCGUCUUGUUCGUGAACAAUUUGGGAGGGAUGUCCCAACUAGAAAUGGGAGCAAUUAUGACCGAUAUCCUUGCUAGACUUGCUCUUUCCGACAUACACCCAUUAAGAAUAUAUAGCUCGUCUUUCAUGACUUCGCUGAACGCCCCUGGUUUCUCAAUCUCCCUUCUCAACGUUUCCGGUGUCUAUCGAUCAUCACGCCCAUCUGCCAUCUACCAUUCAGUUGACAUUCUAGGAUUAUUAGACGACCCGACCGAAGCCCAUUCCUGGGUCGGCCUUCGUCGUUUUUGGUCUUCGGAUGGCCGGAAAGACUUGCGUAGCCAUCAUCGCGCGACAGAAAUGGUGCUGGAUUUGAUGUCGGGGGGAAGUAGAACUUCCAAAACGCAGGAUGAUCAUGCAGAAACGACCUACUGGCAGCAUGCAGACGUGUCGCCUGAGAGAGUGAAAGAAGGGAUAAUAGGAGCAUGUACGGCUGUUCUUGGAGAGGAGACUUUGUUGACACAGUAUGACACCAUCGUGGGGGACGGGGAUUGUGGUACGACGUUCUCGCGGGGGGCAAAAGCAAUUCUGUCAUCCGUUGAAACGCAACAGCUCGAAGUUAGUAAGCUUUCACCAGAUCAGUUAAUCCACCGUAUCGGCGAAAUUCUCGAGGACAACAUGGGUGGGACCAUUGGCGCAUUAUUCGCCAUCUUCUUCACCGCUUGGUCGUCCGCUAUAAAGCGCAUGAUUCACCCAUCCUCAACAUCGGUCUCCUCUGUACGCUUCAUGGACACGCUCUCUGACGCUUUAACCUCCCUUUCCCACCACACAUCGGCCAAACCUGGUGAUAGAACCAUCAUGGACGCAUUAUAUCCGCUAUGUGAUACUACAGUUCCAUUGUCAGAUAGCAGGAAUGCGGAUGAAGUUGGGCUCGAAAGCUCUACGGAGUGUUCCAACGGUAAUCUAGUCGCUGAAGCCUGUCACCGAGCUCACGAAGGAGCCCUUAACACGAGAGGUAUGAAGCCUAAACUGGGACGAGCGGUAUAUGUAGAAUUAAAAGAAGGAUUGGAACUACCCCCAGACCCAGGGGCUUGGGGGGUCGCAGUGCUUGCGAAAGGGUUUUGGGCUGGAUUCUGUGAGCAGGCUAAGGAAUCCUGAAUGACUGUGGGCUCUUGUGAUCGCAUGAAAAUCCAAAUAUAACUGUCACUGUAAAGGACAGUGCCCCAUCGAUGAAUUUUGCUUUACUGCUGACGUGAGGUGUGAGGCCCAAGUACCCAUGGGAUAGCUGAAGUUGACUUUGCAAUUUGCUGGUACUUCUAAUGCUUCGGGAUGGUACAUCCUUGGUCUACAAUAUUUUACACUGCAGAUAUGGAGAGGAUCUCCCGGUCAAUUGUUAUUAAAUAUGAUAAAACUUUGAACGUUACUUAACCCUUGGCCAUUCCAUUACUCGGCGAUAACAUUAGACUUGGUGGAAAAUCUACAUAAUUUUGACCGGUUCCUCAAUACUAGUUAGUAUACAUACAUCGCGCAAUGAUAUUGUUUUCAGAUACUCA